GCAUAUCGCAAUUUGUAAUUUGCAUUUCAUGAAUUGUUAUUUCUCGUUUUUGUGUUUUAGAUAUGUGGCAGGUGGUUCUUUUGGUGGUGUUGAUUAUUGUGUGGUAUCUGUAUAAUGCCCGUAUCUCCAAAACACAGAGAAUUACAGUCAAUGGUCAAGGUGUUUUGAUUACCGGAUGUGACACCGGUAUAGGACACGACCUGGCGAAGCGCCUGGAUAAGAUGGGGUUUCAUGUGUUUGCUGGGUGUCUGGUGGGAGAUGGACCUGGAGCAGCAGAAUUAGCGAGAUCAUGUUCUAAACGUCUUCACGUUGUCCAACUAGACGUUACCAAAGAUGACCAAAUUAGAAGUGCCAAAAGUUACGUAGAGACGAUACACAAACAAACUGGAUGUGGACUCUGGGCUGUUGUUAAUAACGCUGGUAUUGACUGUUGGGGCGAUAUAGAAUUUUGUACGAUGGAUAUGUACAGACGUAUAGCGGAAGUGAAUCUUUUCGGCAUGAUAAACGUCACGAAAAUAUUUCUACCAAUGAUUAGAAAAUCAAAAGGUCGAAUUGUAAAUAAUACAAGUGUUAAAGGGCGUGUGUCACUUCCUAGAAUAUCGGUCUAUGGAAUCACUAAGUAUGGCGGGGAGAACUUCUCUGACUGCCUGAGACUUGAAAUGAGAAAGUUUGGAGUAAAAGUUGUAAUAGUUGAACCAGGAGAAUUUGGAGGAGUGACCGGAAUUCUCAAAGGUCCCAAUUUAAAACGCCUGAAAAAAGACGUAGAUGAAAUGUGGAACAAUGCCGACACAGAAGUGAGACAAGCCUAUGGCCGGAAGUAUCUGGAAUCCCAGUUUUCUGGACUAGAAAAAUCACCUGACCCUUCCUAUUCCACGAUCAAUCCUGUCAUUGACGCAUUUGUUGACGCUGUGACGCUAGAAAAUCCUAAAAGUAGAUACCUAGUGGAUGGUGGCAAGGGGCUCAUUGAUUACUAUUGCUUUUACGCCCGGUUAAAUAGCUACCUACCUACCGCUUGGAUGGAUUUCCUAGUCGAUCGAUGGUUUAACUCUUUCGGAGUAUCAAAUUUUGGAACAUGAUUAGAAUGUCAUUAAUGUGCCUUCAGCGAUGUUUUGAUGCUAUGU